UGCCCCACGGCUAGCGGGCGCCGAGCGGGAGCCGCGCGGGAGCAGCGCAGCGACGGCGGCGGCGGCGGCGGUUGCGACCAGUAGCCGUUGAGACGCCUCUGCGGCAGCUGGUGGCGCAGGUGGCUUGCGUGGACGCGGGCAGAGGCGGCCGGUCCGCCACCGCAGCCCCAGCGCCUGCGGCCCCGGCAGGCGCGUCGGGGCAUCCCGAGGCAUCCUCCUUCUCCCGCCGCCCCGAGUGUUUGGGCUUCCGUCCUCCCUCCUGCAUCCCCUGGCCGUCCGCACCGCCUCACCACCUCCCCGCGCUUCGGACCCCCGGCCUCACCCCCGAAACAUGACUCGCGAUUUCAAACCUGGAGACCUCAUCUUCGCCAAGAUGAAAGGUUAUCCUCAUUGGCCAGCUCGAGUAGAUGAAGUUCCAGAUGGAGCUGUAAAACCACCCACAAACAAACUACCCAUUUUCUUUUUUGGAACUCAUGAAACUGCUUUUUUAGGCCCAAAGGACAUAUUUCCUUACUCAGAAAAUAAGGAAAAGUACGGCAAACCAAAUAAACGAAAAGGCUUUAAUGAAGGUUUAUGGGAGAUAGAUAACAAUCCAAAAGUGAAAUUUUCAAGUCAACAGGCAUCAACUAAACAAUCAAAUGCAUCAUCUGAUGUUGAAGUUGAGGAGAAAGAAACAAGUAUUUCAAAGGAAGAUACUGACCAUGAAGAAAAAGCCAGCAAUGAGGAUGUGACUAAAGCAAUUGACAUAACCACUCCAAAAGCUGCCAGAAGAGGAAGAAAGAGAAAGGCAGAAAAACAAGUAGAAACCGAGGAGGCAGGAGUAGUGACGACAGCAACAGCAUCUGUUAACCUAAAAAUGAGUCCGAAAAGAGGACGACCUGCAGCUGCAGAAGUCAAGAUUCCCAAACCGAGAGGCAGACCCAAAAUGGUAAAACAGUCCUGCCCUUCAGAGAGUGACACGGUAACUGAAGAAGACAAAAGUAAGAAAAAGGGGCAAGAGGAAAAACAGCCUAAAAAGCAGCUUAAAAAGGAUGAAGAAGGCCAGAAGGAAGAAGAUAAGCCAAGAAAAGAGCCAGACAAAAAAGAGGCAAAGAAAGAAGUUGAAUCAAAAAGGAAAAAUUUAGCUAAAACAGGAGUUACAUCAACCUCUGAUUCUGAAGAGGAAGGAGAUGACCAGGACAGUGAAAAGAAGAGAAAAGCUGCAAGAAGUUUUCAGGCUGCUCAUAGAAGGAAUAUUCUGAGAGGCCAAUAUGAGAAAGAAGUAGCAGAAAGAAAACGCAAGCAAGAGGAACAAAUGGAAACCGAGCAGCAGAAUAAAGAUGAAGGAAAGAAGCCAGAAGUUAAGAAAGUGGAGAAGAAGCGAGAAACGUCAAUGGAUUCUCGUCUUCAAAGGAUACAUGCUGAAAUUAAAAAUUCCCUCAAAAUUGAUAAUCUUGAUGUCAACAGAUGUAUUGAGGCCUUGGAUGAACUUGCCUCACUUCAGGUCACAAUGCAGCAAGCUCAGAAACAUACAGAGAUGAUCACAACACUGAAAAAAAUACGGCGAUUCAAAGUUAGUCAGGUUAUCAUGGAAAAGUCUACCAUGUUGUAUAACAAGUUUAAGAACAUGUUUUUGGUUGGUGAAGGAGACUCUGUGAUCACACAAGUGCUGAAUAAAUCUCUUGCUGAACAGAGACAGCAUGAGGAAGCAAAUAAAACCAAAGAUCAAGGGAAGAAAGGGCCAAACAAAAAGCUAGAAAAGGAACAAACAGGUUCAAAGACUCUAAAUGGCGGGUCUGAUGCCCAGGACAGUAACCAACCACAGCAUAAUGGAGACAGCAGUGAAGAAGGCAAAGACAGCCACGAGGCCAGCAAGAAAAAGCCAUCCAGUGAAGAGAGAGAGACUGAAAUAUCUCUGAAGGAUUCUACACUAGAUAACUAGGUUGACAUACCUGGAAUACAAAGAACAUUUGAGAAGUUUCUAAUGGUUUUCACUUGAAAUACUUAGAUUGCAGAAAGUUUUACAUUUUUAUAAGCUUAGGUUUUGAUGUUUAAAACUUGUUUUGAGGGAGAAGUAAUCCCUUUAUCUUUGUUUAAACAUUGCUAAUUGUACUUGUGCAGUAUUAACAGCUACAUUAUACAGUAAAUGUGAGGGAAAAUCCACUUAGGAAAUGUUAAACUGCUUUUCCAGACAUUGGUUGUAGAAUAUUUCCAAUUAGUGUGUGUGUGUUAAUGUGUAAUUGAUAGUAGAAAAGUUACAUUUUUUAAAUUGCUACUUGUAUAAACCUUUCCUCUAUUCCCAGAUACUGUGGGUUUUGUGCAUAGUUUUUACAAAUCUUGGAUUUAUCAGACUGUCUUUUCACUGUGUGGGUUUUGUAGAAGUCAUACAUUUUUAUGAUAGAUAAAAUGUUACUUCUAUACAACUACUCUCUCCUUUUAUCAAGUUAAUUUUUAUCUCAGUCUACAUUGUGCUACAUUAUCCUGCUGCUUUGUAACGUGUGGUCUGUAUACCUUUUUGUAUGACUAGAUAAUCCAAUGUGAACUGACAAUUCUACAAGAUAGAAAACUCUUGUUAACUUUUGAUGGUAAUUAAGUUUUUUUGGCUGGGAAUUAAGUCGUAAUUUUCCUGCAGAGAGCAGAAUGGGGUAUAAUAGAGGAAUGAAUCUGGCUUUAGGAUUCAACCACCCAAGAUCUUUUGCAGGCACUAGUAGUUGAAACUGAAAACUAAAAGAUAAAAGUUUAUUUUCGAGAAAUGUCUCAAAUUUCUGAAUGUUUCUAAAGUCAUGCUCAUUAAGGAAGUCAUUAAGUAUUUUUUUAAUUGGAAAAAAAUUCAUAAUGCUUAUAAGGAAACCCAACUCAUUUGAAAACAUGGCUUGGGAAUUUUUAUUCCUGUAUCAUACAUGUGAUAGGACUACAAAAAGUGAAAAUGUUGCUCUGAGGCAGGAGACCAAAAAAAGGAGUACUUUGACGGUCUGUGUAUACAAGUAUAUGGACUAAAUCAGGGUGAACCAAGGUUAACACAAAAUUUAAGAAAAACUUAACAGAUAGCAUUUUUGGAAUAUUAGGUCAGUUGGUGGUUAAAACACUUGUGAUGUUAACUGAAUAUGGGGAAAAAUAGCUUAAUACCAGUGUUUGCAUGUCACAUGCAUUGUAUGUUUUGACCUCUCAGAUAAUUGUUUUCAUCUACAGAUGAAAAGUGUGAAUAACUUCCAAUAAUAGUUUUGCUUUUGAGAAGUCUUUGAAUGGGAACUAAGACCCACUGUUUUCUAUUACAUUAUAUCUGGUACUGAGUACAAUUUAAAUUUGGGCAGAUUUAUUCUAGUUAAGCCAUAAGUGUCAA